AUGCUUAUCCGCUUUAUCCGAAAAGAGACCCAGUUUCUCUCCGACAGCAUGAACAUAGACGAAUCGGUGGAUCCCACUCCAGAGGUUGUUCCUAACAAGAUGGAUCCAGCUCUCCAGGCUAGCCUAUCGUCCGAGCCCGAUCUGUACCAGCAAUUUGUGAAGCUUCUCCGACUGCCCAAGUUUGCCGCUCAUCCGGACGUGCUUCUUCAGUUACACCUGGUUUUGCCCCAUGUGGAGGAAACCGAGAAGCAGCUACUACUCAAAAGACUCAUUUUCUACGGCCAAUGGCAUCUGUUCUGGCAGGUCUCCAUCACAGACGCCACGUCCUUGAGUGACAUUGAAGAUAUCGUCGAUCUUCUACAUUCCGAACUACGCAUUUGCAAUAACGUCUACCUAGGCGUAUGGCAAGCACUCAGAGCAGCCAGACACGAAUCGUCAACUUCCGGCCUUUUGACCUCCAUUGUGGAGACUGUCGAAUACAAGUUCUCCCUUAAUAAGGCUCAGGUCUCGGCAGUCAUGAGCUUUGUGGAUGAACUCGACAAUGUGGAGAACAGCGACGAACUAGCAUUUUUCGAGGAGAACCACCUCGACACCAUCUCCAAAGAUCCCAUCAGCAAAGCCUUUUUCUUGCAGGCACAGCUCAAUCUCAUGGACCAAAAGCCGGCCAUGAAGGCUAUUCGAAGUGAACCUAGCAUACUCGAGGUACCAGGAUGGUUUUCCUUUCUCACCAGCUCAAUGGCAGACACAAUACCCUACCUACCACCGGGUGAGGUACCUGAAACUUCUGAAGACUCCUCCCGAUCUGCCCUCAUGACCCAUUUUUUGCAUUUCCGUCUGGCACACAUCAACGAGAGUGACUUUUUCUCUCUCCUACAAUCUGCAUCUGCUCAAGACGCCCACCGCAUAUUCCUAAUCGCAUACAGAAACAACCAACGUGGUCUUCUACAGAGCCAACGACUCUUUGACUUUGUGGUGAAAUUGGCAUUACUUAGUCGCAAAGAAGACGUAAUGUUGGAGGCCAUAAAGAAGUUCUAUAAACAAAUGUCAGGUUCCACUUUAACCUUCGCUCUUCCGUUCAUUAUUCAGAGGUCUCCAAAAGUCUUGCAAUCACUCGAGGAAAAACGGCCUGAACUUUUCCAAAAAGCAUGUCUAGCAUAUAUCGAAGACGCCCCUCCGCAUGAAAUUGUUACAAUUAUCGAGAAUUGCAACAAUAAUCGUCAUAUUGUACGAACAGCUCUCAGGCUGGUCGAUCCACAAAACGCUUCAAUCAUUUUGCAAGGCCUUGAAAAGACCAAACUCACCGCAUACAAUCUUACUGAACUUUUGAGAUUUGCCUUCCGUAACAACAUCACCGAUGAUCGAGCGUGUGCCAUCUUUGACAGAAUUCUAAAGAAAACAUGGAACACUUCAGCUUUAGAGAAGCGAGGACAAACUAUCAACUAUCAGUUUGAAGACGAUUUUAGGUUCUACUACGCCAUGGCCUCUAAAGAAGAACGCACAAGGAUGAUUCAUACCCUUCAGACGUUGGGACAAACAAUCUCGACCCUAGACACCGAACACAUGGCCGAUUUCACCAAUAAUCUUUACGACUACCAAUUUGCAUCAAAUAACUUCACAUUUAUACAAUCGAAAACGGGAAAGACAUACAUCUUGGACCGGAUAAUGAAGAAGGCGAUGCACUUCGUCUACAAAAGUCAUACCAAAAGCCAUCUGAAGGACGGUGUGAAGCAAAUUCGUGACAUCUUGAAGUUGUUGAAAUUUGAUUCACCCACGGGUCAGGCAUCCGUUUUUGAAUUCAUAGUCCAUGACGAGCCGUCAAUGGCUUUUGAAAUUUUGAAAAACUAUAAAUCCAGAAAGUCAGUGUUGAUAAACCCGAUAAUAGAAGGAAUGGCUCGUGGUUUGCUCCGUUCCAAAAGACUCAGUGUUCUUCAACGAUUGAAUGCCUUCGAAAAUUUUCGUCAUGCUGCAAAGGAAAUGGGCUACAGACAUGAGUGGAGUCAAAGGCUAUUGGUAACAUAUUACCAUUCCAUUUUCAGGCUCCCUCCCAAAGUUGUUGAUAUCGAUCAAAUGAGAAUUCACCUUAAAGAUGCUCAUGAACUGGGUAUUCCUCUUGCAGUGUUGAAGAAUUGGUCGAAGAGACUACGGAGUUGGUAA